AUGCUCGACAAACAAGAUGCCAAGAACAAGGCGAAAAAGUCACCACCCACCGCUCAGUUGAAGCCAGACGUUGCGGCUGGCAUGGAGAAGAUUUGCCUCUCGGCAGAGGAUGAAAAAGCGGCUCGAAAGGCAAAACACGCAAACCAAACUUUUGAGAAAAAACCGAAAUUGACCAAGGAAGAGCGCCGCGCCCAACAGGAAGCCCAGCGUUUGGCCAAAUCUGGAGGAGCUCCGGCCAAGCCGACAGCAAAACCUGCUGCCGCCCCCGCGCCGCCUUCUGCUCGCUUGCAGUACGACGAUCCCAAGAAAGUGGCGAAAUAUUCGAAGAGUUCGGUGAUUCAGAGAACCCAGGCCCAGAAACAGGUCGCACUGUUUUCCCACUUACCGCAAUUCGAGCGCGAGAGCUCGCUCUCAUUGAACGUCGGCUUUUCCAAGGCCGAGAUCCACCCGGCGAUUCUGUCGCUUGGACUGAAAUAUGCGGAAGGAAAACUCGCCGGGGGAAAUGCACGGUGUGUCGCGAUGCUCACUGCGUUUAAGCAAGUGAUCAAAGACUACCAUGCGCCAGCGGACAAAGUCCUGCGUCGCGAUUUGGACAAGACGUUGCGCCCACUGAUUCAGUUUCUCAUCGACUGCCGGCCGCACAGCAUCGGAAUGGGCAACGCAAUUCGCUACGUCCGCAACGUGAUUGCGACCCUCGACCCGUCGAAAGGCGACGACGACGCCAAGUCGUUUGUCUUGGACGAAAUCGACCAGUACAUUCAGGCAAGCUUGUCUAACCGCAAUCGCAUCCUGAUGGCGAUGACCGCCGUGGCCAAGUACGCGUGCACGAAGAUCGUGGACGGCGACGUGAUUUUGACGUACGCGCGGGCUGACAUCAUUGAGGUACUCCUCAAGCAAGCCUACGACGGCAAGACCAAGUUUCGCGUGUUGGUCGUCGACUCGCGCCCACAUUUCGAAGGCAAAAAGCUUGUGCGGGCGCUCGCCGAGCACGGUGUUCCCUGCGCGUACUUGCAAAUCAACGCAUUGUCGUACGUGAUGAAGGAAGUCACAAAGGUGUUUUUGGGUGCGACCGCCAUCAUGAGCAACGGUGCGGCCGUCGCCCGCGUUGGCACGGCGCUAUGUGCGAUGACGGCACAAGAGUUUAACGUCCCCGUCCUGUUUUGCUGUGAAACGUACAAGUUUUCCGAUCGCGUGCAAUUGGAUUCGAUCACGCACAACGAGCUUCGAGACCCUGACGAGCUCGUCAACUCGUAUGCGACGGACACAACGACGCAUCGAUUGAACCGCCCGAAAGCAGAAGCGUCCAGCUCGCACGUUCUGGCGGACUGGCGGGACCUGUCCAACCUCAAGCUACUCAACUUGGUCUACGACUUGACCCCCAUGGAGUACGUGUCGAUGGUUGUGACGGAGAUUGGCAUGAUUCCACCGACGUCUAUUCCUGCAAUCAUCCGCGAAUACCGCAAAGAGACAAACAACGAAGAGCAGCAGUUGCCUUAA